AUGGGAUUGCCCUCGAUCCGACUCAUUACGUCGUACAUAUUCGACUGGAUUAUUCUUAUUAUCGUUACUGUCGUUGGCUACGUCUUGGGCCGAAUUACGCCCAACAAGCGGCCCUUUUCUUUGGUUGAUCCAGACAUCUCAUUUCCUUUUACGGUGCACGAGACUGUGCCGGACUGGCUGCUCUUUGUCUUGAGCAGUGGAGUCCCUGCUGUCAUUAUCAUCAUUGUCUCCAUCAUAUUUGUGCCAGGUGCAACGGUGCCCAAAAACACCCCUGCCUCAUUAGUUUGGAAGCGUAAACUAUGGGAACUUCACAUUGGUCUGCUGGGACUCCUCAUGUCAGUUGGCGCUGGCUUCUUCUUUGUUAGUGGCAUCAAGAAUAUGUGCGGCAAGCCUCGACCUGAUCUACUUGCACGAUGCGUCCCCGACUUGGAAAACGCAUCGAAAUACCUGAUUGGCGGCUUCAAGGGGGAAUUCGCCCUGGGCAACAGCAUUGGCCAGCUCUUUUCGGCCGAUAUCUGCACGCAGACCGACAAGGCAAAGCUUGACGAUGGCUUCCGAAGCUAUCCCAGCGGCCACUCUGCGGCCUCCGCCGGCGGUCUCCUCUACCUCUCGCUGUUUCUUGCCAGCAAAUUUGCCGUGACGAUGCCGUUUGUAGCUACGGGCACAUCUACGUCCAGCCAUGAGGUGCAUGCUGCUUUCCCUUCUCGUGCAGCGUCUGCGGUUGAGCAGUAUGACGACGAGGUGUCCGUGCCCAUGGCUGGCAAAAGCGCAGAUCAAACCAUCAAGUACAAUUCCAGCAUUCAGGCGUUGCGUCGCCAGGCAGCGGCUCCUCCCAUCUACCUCCUAGUCAUCACCGUGGCACCUUUUUGCCUCGCCAUCUUCAUCGCUGCCUCUCGCUGGUUCGAUUUCCGACACCAUGGCUUCGACAUUUUGUUUGGCUUUUCCAUUGGUAUCUUUACAGCCAUUUUCAGUUUUAGAUACUAUCACCUACCCAUCACCAUUGGCGCUGGUUGGGCUUGGGGCCCCCGGAGCGCAGACAGGGCUUUCUGGGCAGGUGUCGGUCGUUUGGGCUACGUUGGCGAGAAAGAUGUCGAGCGUGGCACGAUGGUGUCUACGAACUUUGGGAGAUCUACCGACGUCGAAGCUUCACUGGCAGCGCCUGCGGGAAUGAGUUAUCGAUCUCCUGCCCAGACGGGUGAGCCAUAUCAGGAUGUAGAGUUGAACAACUUGAACAACUUGAAUGGGGGGCACGAAUCAGGGAGUCGAGCAUGA